UUUUUUUUUUUUGGAAGAAAGAGAGGAUCUUGUAGAAGAGCUCACAGAUGAGCCAGCUUCCUUUGCCAGUGGCAAAGAGGUACGUGCUGCGGCUUUUCAUAUCGCUCAAAUACGUGACGGCCAAUGUCGUGGAUCGGCGGAGCGGGCGAGUGGUGGUGACGGCAUCUUCAGUGGAGAAGGCGCUCAAAGAAGGACUGGAGUGCGGCCGCACCUGCAAUGCCAAGGCGGCGGCGGCCGUCGGAGAAGUGCUCGCUAUGCGCCUCAAGGUUGAUGGCCUGGCUCAGGAACCGAUAUAUGCCGAUGCAGCCAAGGAGGUGGAGAAGAAGGGGUUCAAGAACCGCACCAAGGUCUGGGCCAUUCUCAAUGCCCUCCGCUCGCAUGGUGUCAAUCUCCACAUUGACCAGGACGACCAUGGCUCUCCUGCCUGCCCCUGAUGGAGAUUUUUGAGAAAUUCUUGCUUUAUCCAGCAACGGGGGGUGUUGGCAAGUUGAUGGAGAUCGUGUUCUCCAACGUAUAAUGCCGAGCCAGCUGCUUGUCAUCGUAGAGGGUGAGAAGCGAAGAGCCCCGGCUUCUCAUGUUCAUGAACGGCACCCUUUUGAUAAAAUGCUUGUGAGAUGUGGCAGGCAUCCUUUUAUGCAUUUUGUCGUGUAAUGAAACGAUUAGACCAGUUGCUGCUUUGGUUAAUGAAUGGUGUCCUUUUGAUGAAA